UUGUGUCGACCGGGUCUCAUCCAACAUCUUCCUGAGUUGUCAUGCAUAUACAUCGAGAGAUCUUCGAGAAUUGUCCGCUUUCGAUUCCCAACCAAUUAGGAGACAUUCUCUCGCAUCCACCCCCACCGUUUCUUCCCGAUUCCUCCUAUUUUCCAUAGGGUUUCCCUCUCUCUCUCUCUCUCUCUCUUCAGGUGUUUCCGUUGUGAGUUUGCACCCUACUUUGCUUAAAAUUGUGCGGUUUAUAUAUCCGGUGUCUGCUGAAAAUGAGUGUGGUUGGAUUUGAUAUCGGCAAUGAAACCUGUGUUAUUGCGGCUGCAAAGCAAGGUGGGAUUGAUGUUUUGUUGAAUGAGGAAUCAAACCGUGAAACACCAGCUCUGGUCUCGUUUGGCGAGAAACAAAGGUUUAUGGGCUUAGCUGGGGCUGCUUCUGCAACCAUGAACCUAAAAUCCACAAUCUCUCAGGUUAAGAGAUUGAUUGGCAGACAAUUUAAGGAACCCAGUGUCCAAAAGGACCUGAAACUGUUGCCUUUCGAGACCUCUGAAGGACCCGAUGGUGGCAUUUUGAUUCAUAUACAAUAUUUGGAUGAGAAACAUACUUUUAGCCCCGUUCAGAUCAUGGCCAUGUUGUUCACACAUCUAAAGCAGAUCAGUGAGAAAAAUCUGGAGACCCACAUUUCUGAUUGUGUCAUUGGUAUACCGUCGUACUUCACGGACUUGCAAAGGCGAGCCUAUUUGCAUGCCGCAGAGAUUGCUGGCUUGAAACCUUUGAGAUUGAUGCAUGACUGUACUGCUACUGCACUAGGUUAUGGUAUUUACAAGAAUGACUUACCUGCUGGAAGGCCAACUCAUGUUGUGUUUGUCGACAUUGGUCACUGUGAUACACAGGUUGCUGUUGCAGCAUUUGAACCGGGACAUAUGAAGAUACUCUCUCAUGCAUUUGAUAGGGAUUUAGGAGGAAGAGACUUUGAUGAGGUUAUGUUCAGACAUUUUGCUGCGCAGUUCAAGGAACAGUUCCAUAUUGAUGUUCCCUCUAAUGCUCGGGCUUCUAAAAGGCUGAGGGAAGCAUGUGAGAAACUGAAGAAAGUAUUGAGUGCGAAUCCAGAGGCCCAACUUCAUAUUGAAUGCUUGAUGGAUGAGAAAGACGUCAAGGGAUUCAUAAAGAGAGAGGAAUUUGAGCAGCUGUCAUCGAAUUUGUUGGAGAGGAUUAGCAUUCCAUGUCGUAAGGCUUUGCUUGACUCUGGUAUCAAUAUGCAGAACAUUCAUACUGUCGAACUAGUGGGAUCAGGGUCUCGGAUACCAGCUAUUAAAAGGAUUUUAGCUUCUCUUUUCAAGAGAGAACCCAGCCGGACACUAAAUGCAAGCGAGUGUGUGGCUCGUGGCUGUGCUCUUCAGUGUGCAAUGCUUAGCCCAAUAUUUCGUGUCAGAGAGUAUGAGGUUCAGGAUUCAUUUCCCUUCUCCAUUGGAUUUACAUCAGGUGAAGGUCCAAUCAGCACGGUGUCCAAUGGAGUGUUAUUUCCAAAAGGUCAUCCAUUUCCUAGUGUUAAGAUGCUUACAUUGCAUAGAAGUAAUACUUUCCAUAUAGAAGUCUUCUACUCUGACCAAAAUGAAUUGCCUCCCGACACUUCACCUAAAAUCAGCAAAUUUACGAUUGGCCCAUUUGAAGUUUCCAACAGUAAGCAGACUAAGGUCAAAGUUAAAGUUCAGCUAAACCUUCACGGAAUUGUUACUGUAGAGUCAGCCUCACUUAUAGAAGACUCCUGGAAUGAUUCUACUGUAAGAAGUGAUUCUCAUUUGACUUCAGAGAAGGCGAAGGCUGACAAUGGUGUGUCUUCUGAUGUAGCAAAUGGUUCUGAUGAUACUCAUUUUACACACUCCAAUGCUUCAUCUACAUCUGGUGCUGAUGAGAUGAAAAAGGGAAAAGUCCGGAGGCAGGAUAUACCUGUUAGUGAGAGUGUUCAUGGUGGCAUGACAAGGGCUGAGCUCUCACAAGCUCAAGAAAAAGAACUUCAGUUGGCCCAGCAAGACAUAAAGGUGGAGCAAACUAAAGAAAAGAAAAACACCCUGGAGUCUUAUGUCUACGACAUGCGCAAUAAGAUUUUUCAUACAUACCGGAGCUUUGCAACGGACUCAGAAAAGGAAGGGAUCUCUAGGACCCUACAACAGACAGAGGAGUGGCUCUAUGAGGAUGGAGAUGAUGAAUCUGAGCAUGCCUAUACUGAGAAGCUAAAGGAUCUUCAAAGGUUAGUGGAUCCUGUUGAAAAUCGAUAUAAAGAUGAAGAAGCUCGGUCAGAAGCAACUAGGGAUUUAUUAAAUUGCAUUGUAGAAAAUCGGAUGGCUGUGGGACAACUUCCUGCCAACCAGAGAGAUGUUGUAAUCAAUGAAUGCAACAAAGCUGAGCAGUGGUUGCGAGAGAAGACUCAACAGCAGAAUUCUUUGCCAAAGAGUGCCGAUCCAGUAUUGUGGUCAAGUGAAAUCAAAUGCAAAACAGAGUCUCUUGAUGCGUUGUGCAAACAGCUAAGGAGAUCCAAGGCAUCACCCACAAAACCAGAGGACGAUGUGGACUUGGAUAAGAAAAAAACAACAUGCGAGUAGGUUGAAGUACAUGCAGAUAGUUUUGGGACACCAUGCAAAGUAAAGUCUCACCAUUUUGGGUGAAAAUAGCCUUUCCCCAUCCUUGUGACUCAAGGUAGGAGCCGGAUUUUUCCUGUUACUACGCGGUCUCUCCUAUACGUUGUGCUGCUUCUUUACAAUGUCUCUAUAUUUGUGAUGUCCGUGCUUAUCUUAAUACCUUCAGACCUAUUUUAAAAAAAAAAUACCUUCAGACCUAGAUCCAGUAUUGGCUAAUUUUUUUUUGUUUACAUUCUAUAUCUGUAUUUUUGGUUUUGACAUACUUGUUGUUUGUAGAUAGUGCUUUAGUGUAGUGAAUAUGCUAACAAAUUACGGAAAAAAAAGUAAUCUUUAGCAGUAGUAUUUAGUGCUUGAUGUUGGUUAUUCUGUGUUGGCAGCAUCAAUGUUACUUUUGUCACUCUGAUUUAUCAAGUUGAAAUCAAGUGAGUCGUAGUUCUUCAAAUCA